AUGAGAGUCGUUCCAAAAGUCUGGAAACGACUCGUGACCACUUUCUUGAGUAUGUUCCUAUGUAUCUUCAACUACGCCUUACUCUCAUCUGUCGUGUUCUUCUUAUGGAGUGCCGUUUUUUGGGAAACAUAUUUGAACAUCGGAUUUUUGGCCCUUGACUUUCUUUAUUGCUUAAUAUUCAUUGACUUGGCUAUUUAUUGGCAGAUUGCUAGCGUGAUUUCCGUUCUUGAAAAUGGACCUCAAGACGUGAUCAUGACCAAAGCAAAUAAUCUCAUGAAAGGAAAAAAGAAAGUUGCAUUAAGAAUUUCGGCAAUAAUGUAUCUCUUUUUUGCAGGUAUUGUGCUUAUGUACAUGGUGUUUGUGUUUGAUGAUGGCCCUAAAAUGGUUCUUGUGUGGAAAAUAAUGAUUGGGAUAAUGUGUUUUGUUUUGUUAAUGAUCACACUUCUUUUAAUGAUGGUGGUUCAAACCAUGCUUUAUCUAGUCUGCAAAGCGCAUCAUGGAGAAGUUGUCGAUCCAGUAAGCUUAUCGACAUAUUUAGGUGCUUAUUUGAGUGACUCUCAGCCACCGGUGUUUAGAGUUGGUGAAGUUAUUCAGCUUGGAAGACCUCAAAAUCGACCUACGUCUCAAGUUUAG